AAACCGUUAUGAGCGUAAAGUGACAGCCUCGGCCGAUGGAAAUAGGGGGAAGUCCGACACUGAGCCACGAACGCAUUCCCGCGCCUCCAAAACCUAAGCCGGGGGCGCUGCAAACCCUUACCGGUACGAGGCCCACCGCGGCAGAUGCUUCCUCCUGCCACGCCCCGCAUCACGUGUCUGCACGCUCUUUCUCGGAUUCCCGGAUGUGGUUUCCAGAACAAAGGGGAUUUGGUGAUGGAGGCUUUGUUAGAAAGAAUGCAAAAUCGAGGGCAUGGGGAUUUUUGACAUCGUGUGAAGCAGAACUACAGGAGCUCAUGAAACAGAUUGACAUAAUGGUGGCUCAUAAAAAAUCUGAAUGGGAAGGACGGACACAUGCUCUAGAAACUUGCUUGAAAAUCCGUGAACAGGAACUUAAGACUCUUAGGGGUCAGUUGGAUGUGACACAUAAAGAGGUUGGAAUGUUGCAUCAGCAGGUAGAAGAACAUGAAAAAAUCAAGCAAGAGAUGACCAUGGAGUAUAAGCAGGAGUUGAAGAAACUACAUGAAGAAUUAGGCAUACUGAAGAGAAGCUACGAAAAGCUUCAGAAAAAGCAAAUGAGGGAAUUCAGAGGAAAUACCAAAAAUCACAGGGAAGAUCGGUCUGAAAUUGAGAGGUUAACUGCAAAAAUAGAGGACUGCCACGAAGCUAUUUCAAAGGAAUUCCGUCAGAAAUCGCUGGACUGGGAGAAGCAACGCUUGAUUUAUCAGCAACAGGUAUCUUCACUGGAGGCACAAAGGAAGGCUCUGGCUGAACAAUCAGAGAUAAUUCAGGCUCAGCUCGCCAAUCGGAAACAGAAAUUAGAGUCUGUGGAACUUUCCAGCCAAUCAGAAAUUCAACACUUAAGCAGUAAACUGGAGCGGGCCAAUGACACUAUCUGUGCCAAUGAGUUGGAAAUAGAGCGCCUCACCAUGAGGGUCAAUGACUUGGUUGGAACCAGUAUGACUGUCCUGCAGGAGCAGCAGCAAAAAGAAGAAAAACUGAGGGAAUCUGAAAAACUAUUAGAGGCUCUGCAGGAAGAAAAGAGAGAAUUAAGGGCAGCUCUUCAGUCUCAAGAAAAUCUCAUCCAUGAGGGAAGAAUGCAAAAGGAGAAGUUACAAGAAAAAGUAAAGGCAACUGACACUCAACAUGCUGUAGAAGCUAUAAGGCUACGGGAAGAAUCUCUGGCAGAAAAGAAGUACACCUCUCAAGGGCAGGGGGACUUAGACAGUGUGCUCUCGCAGUUGAAUUUUACCCAUACUAGUGAGGAACUUCUGCAGGCAGAGGUGACUCGUCUUGAAGGCAGUUUGGAAUCUGUGAGUGCAACAUGUAAACAGCUGAGUCAAGAACUAAUGGAAAAAUAUGAAGAAUUAAAGAGGAUGGAAGCACAUAACAAUGAAUACAGAGCAGAGAUUAAGAAGUUGAAAGAACAGAUUUUACAGGGUGAACAAAGUUACAGUUCUGCACUAGAAGGAAUGAAGAUGGAAAUCUCCCAUCUAACUCAGGAGUUACAUCAGCGAGAUAUCUCUAUUGCUUCCACCAAAGGUUCUUCCUCAGACAUGGAAAAGCGACUCAAAGCAGAGAUGCAAAAGGCAGAAGAAAAAGCAGUAGAGCAUAAGGAGAUUUUGGAUCAGCUGGAGUCACUCAAAUUAGAAAAUCGUCAUCUUUCUGAAAUGGUGAUGAAAUUCGAAUUGGGUUUACAUGAGGGCCCUGUGCAGAACCUCAUGAGACGUGACUUCAGAGGCCUCCUCUCCGACAGGUGAGGGAGAAGUCAGCUGUUCAGAGAGAGAGGCUGCCUUGCCUGGGGACACGCAGCUAGCCAGUGGCUGAAGCAGCAGUGGAUGCAGUUGUCCUGAUGCAUAGUUCAAGAACCUUUGUGUUGCACCAACUCUUUUGUCAAUCAAGAUUUUGUUUUGGUCUAUACACUUAUAGGUGGUACAGAGAGUGAAAUGAAAAGAUGAUUUGCACUAGUGACAAAGCGUAUCUUUGUGAGUGCCAUCCUUUGGUGUAGCUAUAAGGGUGGGGGGCUAAGAUGUCCCUUUCAGAGGCCUUAUACACCAGCAUCACUUUUGGUGAUAAUUUAAGGUUAUCCAAUGAAUCUGCAUCUCCCAGAAGAAGGCUUAGAUGGCCACUCCCUAUCUUCUGGGGCCUUUGGACCCAAGUGAUGUUUUAGGAUUAUAGGGGACAUACUGCUAACCAGAAGCAGCCAUCUGACUGUACACACUCCUGCCCCUGCUCUCGGUGACAGCUAGAGGAUGGGUGGAAAGCCAGCUGACAUCUGAUUGGUGACAACCAGCUCCCUCAGUGUCAGGGCUCAAACUGGUAAUAAGCGCCUGGCUUUAUCCAAAGUCUCUGAAAAACCCGCUAGCUGGUGAUGUGAAAGCCAUGCUAACGGGAAGAGAAUUUACUGGAGGCUGACUCAGGGGCAGCAGUCUGGGGAAUUAAGCUUGGCUCCUGCAAGGAAAUUAGGCAGAAUCAAUUAAGGAUGCGGGCAAUUGAGGCAAAGAGACAUUAAUAUUGGAUGAUAGAAAGUCAGAAGGAAACUGGACCAGCAGUUACAAGCUAUAGCACUAACCAAAAAACCCCACAUCAGUGACUUGGGAAAGACAGAAGGAAAUGAAUGAAAUUGUGAAAAUAUCUGAAUUUCCCACCAAAUUACUUUAUUAAAUCAGUCUUGAAUGAGGCAAUUUCAGGGAGGUAGAAUGGACUGGCCAAAAGUAAUGAUGUCCGUGUGGGUACAACUCUUUCUAAGAAGCUACCCUGACAACCAAGCAGGGAUAAAUCGGCAAGUGUGGAUUACAUGUCCUCAGUUAUUAAGGAAUUAGCUAAUUAAUAUACCAAACUUUUGGCAGUUAUUUUAAAGGUAAAGAGAGUUAGUAGAGGGAAUGCAUAGAUGGGUUACUGAUCUUUAAAGAAAAAGUUAAAGGAAUUCAGGGGACUGUGAACUAUUGUUAAACAUCUCAGGCGAUGUGAGGAAUUUUGCACAUGGUAAUCACCACGUUGGAACUAACUUUAAAUGAUGCAAAAUGUUAGCGAGAGUUUCAAUGAUAAGCUGCAGGCCAGAAUAGGGCCAUUGUUAAGUAUCUGGACCUGGGCAAAAGCUGACAGUUUCACUCAAGGCAAGUGUCAAUUUUCUGAAUCUAUGUAGGCUGGCAGAGCCUGUAGGAAAGUUCCACAGAGCAAAAGAACUCCAAUCAAUACUCAAGAAAGACAAGAUAGGUUAAAAAACACCCACCCCAAAAUCGGGUUGGUAAAGCCCAAAACUGCAGUCUGAUUGAGUCCUAUAGCCCUGCCAGGUAUAGAUGAGAGCACUGAGGCUGCAAAAGGUUAAGUGCCUUACCAAAAGGAACAAAACGAAUAGGUGGUAAAUUAAACACUGGGAGCCAGGUCUUUCUGGCUUUAACUUUGGCACUCCUUCUAAAGGAUGCUAGGAUGCUUAUACUGGAUCAAGGAGGCGAUACCACUCUACGUGGUAGACCCAGGUCUUUCUAGCUUCGAAUCUGGCAUUCCUUCUACAGUAUGCUAGAAAGCUUAUACUGGAUAAAGGGGGAUAUAUCCUGGAACUUGGAAAAAAUCCUAAGCAUUUUCAAAUUUGGAAAGUCAGAUGAAAAUAAUCAUGUUCUGAAAGAUGCUAGGCACAAACGGAGCUAAGACUUGUGGCUAUUUCAUCAGUUAAAAGAGAAUAAGCCCCAUUCCACGUAAGUCUGCUAGGAAUAUGCUGUCAUUUCCUGUCAUUUCUAUAUGACAGGGAAGGUUGUGGGCUGUCCUGGAGUGGGGCCUGGAAGGAGCACUGGGGAGAGGGAGCAGGUGUGCAUGCAGAGGUGGACGGGAAGGUGGUGUCACACAGUACAAGGCUGGAAACUUGGCUGAGGUCAGAUUUUGGAGGACUUUGCCAGACAGUGUGAUCCUUUAGCGGUGUUAGGAACCCAGGACCAGGGGAGCCUAGGUAGAGAGGCCAGUGAGGAUCCAGGUUCCUGGAGAGGCCCAUAGGCAGCAGGGGGUAUGCUUGGGUCUGGAGUAGGGGGUGGGAAGCAGCCAGGGUGGCAUCUUCUGUACCCUGACCCACUGUGGCUGCCUCUGGGGCUGUGGUCUCAGGGAAUGGCCU